AUGUCAGAAGAAGUGCAAAGAGAGGCUGUAGAUUGUGGCAGUGAAGUAAUGCUGGACCAGGUCAUCAAAAAGGAUAUUUCAGAGGCCAUCAAAAGGAGGUUUGAUAGCAAAUAUGAACCCACCUGGCACCGCAUUGUCGGUCGCAACUUCGGAAGGGUCGAGGAGAGUAUUUACAGGAGAACGUCUUUUAUGGUAUAUCGUGAAGAUGUUAAAAAUGAUGAAAAUAAUACAAGUCUCUGUGUUCGUGCACCUAGGCUUAUUAAUCAAUUAUGCUGCAUAUUUGAGGUAUAUGUGAUCUGUUUACAGCUUACCGCCGCGGCUCAAAUAAAUUCUCUGCAUUUCAAAAAAUAUUACCCCAUCUCUCACACCAGAGCCUUUCAACUAGCUGUAAUGUGUUUUCUAAGAUUCCUUUUUUUUGAUACUGAAGCAUGGUUGUUACAUAUUCCCCCAUCCACAGUAUAUGCUCUUCUGUCACUUCAAGGCUUAGCAUUCAGGUUGCAUAAUUUGUGGAUACGUCACAAAAAAAUGUUUCGUUUUGCAAUUAAAAUGUUUGAAGUUGUUAUAUGA